AAGGUCUAACUUGACUCUGCUGAGAUCAGAAAUAGAUCGGAUAACGAGGAGGGGCUCGGAGUCUAAAGGAGAACGGAGGGGCAGUUUGUUCUGACAGAUGUUUCACUCUGGUGAUUAUUUUAACAUGUUUCUGAAGGUUAAUUUCCACAUGCAAAUAAAUGAUGGAAAAACAUGGCAGAGGAACCUGGAAGGUCCAGGAAGAAGAAACAUUAAACCACAAACAUUCAACCAAUCAGAUCACUGAACCAGUUCAGGAGUUUACUGGUUUAAUGGGGAUGUUUCACCAAACUGGACUUCAGCUCACUGACUGGAAGUCAAUGAUGUGUUACUGGGAAAUUGAGCAUAAAUUAGGAGGUGUGUGAAGAUGUGUUUGUACAGAGAGAAGUGAUGAAGAGAUAAAAACGUCCAAAUGAAGGAAUAUGCAGAGUAGCGUGCAGAGGGAUGAAGAUGGAGCCGUCGUCUCACCUGCAGCAGCCAUCAAGUCCUCAUUUCUCUGUUUACGGUAAUUCUGGGUCAUUUUUAGCGUCAUUCUGUGGCCGAAGCAGAACCUCUGCUGGUUUUAACCUGAAGACUCUGUGUCUUCUCUGCAGCUGUGAACCUCAGUUUGUCUCUUUGAGGGAGUUUUAAUGAAUUUUCCUAAAUAAAACUUUAAUUUGGAGAGUUUCAGAUUUAGAAAACUUCCUGCACUUCCUUCCAGUCUGAGUGAUUCAUUUUGCUCUGAUGAGUUUAAACCUGAUUCGUCACCUCAGAUCAUUUGCUGUUUUUAACAAAGUUUCCCCGUCUGACACAUAGCAGCCGACGGCUUCCUGACAUGUGCGUCCGUCUGAGCGAGUGGGACAGUGAUGAGAAAUCGGGCAGAAUGAGUGUUUUCUUUACCUUUAACCCACGGCUGUCUGGAACGCGCCACUGGUGGAAAAUCGCUGAUCGUUGUGUUCAGUGGCAUAUUUAAGGGUUUUACAGAACGUAAGGAAGAGACGCUCUGUUUCACCUCGACGUGCCGAAAAGCUCGUUUGAGACCACAGAGGCUUCAUCUGCAUCCUGUCAGACUCUCAGCUCACUUCUUCUUCUCCUGUCAGCAGAAACCGAUCUGAUCACACGUUCAUCAUCUGCAGCGCCUAUAGAAAGAGUUUUAUCUUUUCAUUGCCUUUUAAAGUCAAUCAUGAUAAACUCUGGUGUCAGAGUGAAAACUGUUUUGACAAUUAAAUAAAAGUGUGUAGUAUAAGAUAAGUGAUUUCAUAAAUAUGUACUCCAGACAUAAACUUUAUUUUGUUUCACCAAGCAGUCUCUUCCCGCGUGCCUUUGGGCAAACUCUAGUCCAGCCUUGAUCCAGCAGUGGUGAGCACACUUCCUCUACUAGCAAACCUAAUUUUUAGCUCAACACUUUAAUGCUUUUGCUAACCUUGAAAACGUUUGGUUCACUUCGUUUCCCUUAAAUUAACUUUUCAGGAUCAAAUCUAAUUUUCUUGGCUGUUUUCUAAACUUUCAGUGGAAUAAAGUUUGAAGUUUUGGUUUUUAACUGUUGAAAAUUCUUUAAUUAAUUAACUUUUAUUUGACCAAAUAUCUUCAUGUCAAGCAAGUAACACGGACAAAAUUAGACAGACAGUAUAAACAUAAUAUCCUAAAACAUGUAAAGCAAAUAAAUGUCAAAAUUAAAUUGAUGCUUGAGGGUCACAGUCUUUCUACAGCAUUUAUUAAUUUGAACUGAACAUUGCGCUUCAACACCAGCUUCUGCUAAAUACCGUGUUGGCAUAGCACUUUAGCAUUAGCUUUAGCUAAAUACUUGUGAUUUAGGGUUAGCACAACUUACCACUGCACUCAGGUGAUUCCACUCGCCGAGACACUGCUAGCUCUAACUGACUGGACUAUUUUAUCACCUUGACAUUUAAAAAAAAUCUUUUUCUUAAAAAGCCACAUUUUGGUGACAUUGACUGAUUUGUAAAGGCAAUAAAAAAGGUAAAACAUGUAAGGUGGUGAAGACUUUAUCCAGACACUGUAAACACCUUCAUUUAUCCGCAGCAUGUUUGACCUGAUUUACCUUAGAAAGUGGAAAACAUGAAGGUAGGAGGAGUCUGAGGCCUGCAGAGGUGUGAUGAUCAAGCGGCUGAUUCUGCUGUGAACUGAGUUUAUCAGGUUGCUUCAGAUCAACUCUUCUUCAGCUGGCCGGCAGCUCUAAACAUGUUAUUAGGCUCAAUCUGCAAAGGCCAUCUCAUGGUUUAAGCAGAAAAAGCUGCAAAGCCUUCAGGAGGAUUAUGACCUUUAAAAACAUUGGCAGCAGAACGCCACCAUCACUCAGGAACAGGGCGAACAAACUGUUAGAGCGGGCGACCAUUACUGGUGAUGACACCAUUACUGGUGAUGACACCAUUACUGACACCACUAAUCGGAAACCAUGACCAAUCAACCCAUCAGGUUUCAGGAAGUCCCUGCGUUAUCUGAAGGCUGCAAUGUUCCUGUUAGCUGAAACAGUUUCAUCAGCUUCGUAAUCAGAGUCACCUCAACAGAACCAAAGGAUUAGAUCUGCUGCUGUUGAUCCAAUCCAUGAUCCAGCAGAACCAACAUCAAGCUGGAUUUAAUUCACUUUAUUCAUUUAGAGAUGAUUCACCAGAAACCUCAAGUCGGAUUUAUACCCAGAUCCAUGUAAUCAGUCGUUGAUAAUAAGUUAUCCCAGCCGUUUUCAUUCAGUUGUUAACGGUUGUUGAUGUGGCGUCAUCAAGCCUUCAUCAUCUGUAAAUGUGUAAGAGCUGUGAUCUCUUCCAGCAGAAAGUGAAGCUGCAUGUAGCUGAGCAGAAGAAGACCAACCUACAAUCACGACGAGUCAGAUGGAGCUGAUCACGGUGCUCCACUCCUCCAACAUCACCCCUACAGGAGGACCUGCAGAGAACCCAUGCAUCGUCAACGACCAGAUGGGUCCCUUCAUCGUCCUCUACAUCCUCAUCUUCACCUUGGGCCUGCCUGGGAGCCUGCUGUCUGUCUGGGGGUUCAUCCAAAGCCGCAGGUCUCAGCAGAAGCACAGCACCUACGUCUACCUGGUCAACCUGCUUGUGGCCGACAUCCUGCUGCUCUUUGCCCUCCCAUUUAAGAUCCUUAAGGACCUUGGCUCAGCAUCAUGGAAUCUCAUGGUGUUCCACUGCCAGGCCAGCGGCGUCAUCAUAUACAUCAGCCUUUACGCAUCCAUUGCCUUCCUUGCCUUCAUCAUUGUAGACCGCUACCUGAAGGACCACCACACGGCGCGCUCUCUGCGGCUGCAGGAGUCCAGCUUCGCCUGGCUGUUGACAAUGGUGGUCUGGAUCUUGCUGCUGCUUAUCAUGGUGCCCAAUAUGGUGCUUCCCACAAAGGACUACAAGGUGACAAAGUACCUCAGCUGUUCAUCUUUGAAGGAGAAAAUCAGCCUCCACUGGCACACUCUGACCGUGUUUCUCAACACAGCCCUCUUCCUCAACGCCUCUGCAGCCGUGCUCAUCUCCAGCGCCCUGGCCCUCAAAAGACUCCUGCACAGUCACAGCGACCCCAAACUGUGGCUGGAUGCCAGGAGGGUGGUGCUGAGUGUGACGGCAAUGGCGCUGGCCUACACCCUCAGCUUCGUUCCCUACCAUGUGGUGCGGACGCCGUACACUCUGGCCCAGGCCGAGGUCAUCAAGAACUGCCAGACCAAGAGGCAGCUGUUUCUGGGGAAGGAGUCCACGCUGUUCCUGAGCCUGCUCCACGUCUGCCUCGACCCGCUUCUCUUCUUCAACCUGGAUGCUGCGUUCAGAGAAACAGUCAGGAGGCUCCUUCGCCGCAGCAGAAACCAGGCCGUUGAAGCAGAUCAGCAGGUUGUGCAGGAAGUGAUGCUGCCAAAAGUUCAUGCAGAGGAGGAUACUGCGGUCUAAUCACAGGUCUACAAAGACGAUGAGCAACAUUGCAGAUGCUGCAGCAGAUGUUCAAGAAACUGGAUGUUUUUGGUAAUUCAAGAACAAAGAGCGACUUUUGGGGCAUUGUGUGGCAUAGUGGUUAGAGCUGCAGUUCGUAUUCAGACGCCUCGGACCUCAACAUGGCCGUCUUGAGUUCGAGUCCUCACUUCCUUUGCCUAUCCGCCAUUUGCUGUCAGAUUACUGCUGGAUGAAUGCUAGUAGUGCCAAAAUUUAUAAAAACAAAACAACACCCCCCCCCCCCUUUUAUCUUCUCAACAGGUUUAAGAUGGUUGAACUGGAAUACUACCAGGACUUAACUGGUAAUAAAGACGAUCCUGUAUUUAUAUUGUUUUUCUUGCACUGUCUGCACUGCCUUUGGAGCUGACUCUUUAUGACUUUGGAGGAAUGUUAAGUGACAGAAUAUCAGCAGAGAAUGGAUUCACCCUCCAGAUCAACAUCACAACCCUGAGACGUGAUUACUGGUGAACAAUUCAGGAGAUUGUGAGACUGUUCAGUGAAUCGUUCAUAAUUUAAGUGCAAUCAUUUAAUUUCAUUGUUUUUAUGUAGUUCCUGGAGCUGCAGUCAGCGGUGAAGAAACAGUUAAAUGCAUUCAUCUGCUUGAUGUGUGAUGGCUUGUUGAAUAUUAAACUAAAUUAAAUGCAAGUGAAUGUCAUAAUUAUUAUUUUAAUAACUGAUGAUUGGUCGGAACAAAAUGAUGGACAACACAAAACUCGUCUGGUUUUAG